AAUUGAAAACCCGUCUAAGACGGAAAAGUACAUAGCAUAAAGCCAAUGAACAGAGAAAAAAAGUAAAAGUAGAGUAAAUAUGGUAUCAUAAGAGUUGUCCUGUACACCCAGAAAAAUUGGGAAGCGGUUAUGACCAAAAUCUACGAUCUACCCUACACUAUUUAUGACCCGACCAAGAAUUCGAUACCCUAUUUAUGGCCAUUGCGGCUGGCACAGUUGCCCUAAACAUAAUUUAUGACGGGCUUUUGGUGAUGGUCUUAUCGAUAAUGAUGAAAAGGUAGCUUCUUCUUGAAAAGCAUACCCAUUCAAUACUAGAGUGCAAAAACCAUACCCUAUUUGUGACCAAAAUGGCCAAAAUCGAUCCCCUAUUUUUGAGCAAAACGGCUGACAAACCACACCCUUUGGGGCUGCACAUACCUAUAUAGCCCACAUAAGAGAGUACCCACCCCGAUCCAAUUUACAGCUGUAUAAAGUCUAAUUCAUGAAACUGAAUUUUAACUUUGUAAAUGUUAAAAGGAACAAGCAAACAGCUUUCUACUAUCAUCGAAGGUGAAUCGUUAUUAAACGAUGGAAUGGCGAUUGUGUUGUACAAGAUAUUUUUUAACCUGGCAUUUAAAUCGAUGACUGCUACAGAAAUCGGACUCUAUUUUCCACGUGUAGCUCUUGGCGGAUUCUUUUUCGGUCUGGUCGCUGGAAGGGUUACAGUGUUUUGGCUGCAGCAUGUGUUUAAUGAUGCCCUGGUAGAAAUUACCAUCACUUUAGCUAGUACCUACUUGACAUUUUACAUUGGAGAAGAGGUCCUAGGAAUAUCUGGUGUGAUUGCUGUCGUUAUGUUAGGAAUAGAAAUCAACGCGCUAAAAACAAGCAUCAGUCCCGAAGUCGAGGUUUUCUUGCACAGGUUCUGGGAGAUGCUGGCGUACCUGGCAAACACACUUAUUUUUAUCAUGGUUGGUGUCGUGAUCAUGGAAAAGGCACUUAAUAGUUUGAACGAAUACGAUUUAUUUCUCCUGGUGGUGGAUUACUUUGGCAUAACUGUGAUAAGGGGCUUAGUUAUGAUGACAUUCAGCCCCAUUCUGAUGCGUAUCGGAUACGGUCUUUCAUGGCAGAGUGCUGUAGUGGCGGCCUGGGGUGGAUUGCGAGGCGCUGUGGGCCUGGCUCUAGCAUUGCAGGUGUAUAUUGAUCAACCUCUGAUUGGAGGAAAGGUUUUGGCGCACACGGCUGGCAUUGUCAUGUGCACUCUUCUCGUUAAUGCUACAACGAUGAAGAAACUGCUGGAGAAACUCGGAAUGAGUGAUAUAUCAGACGCCAAGAAAAUUGCCAUGGCUAAUGCCGUGAGACAAAUCCAAGAAAGCAAUCAACGCACCCUUACAAUGCUGAGGGCUGACCGCUUCCUCGCUGACGCAGACUGGGAUAUAGCUGAGCGGGACUGUGAGAUGCAUAAUCCUUACAUGCAUGUAGAGGGGGAGGUAAGAAAAGAGACCCCACUAUUGGUUCGUCUUAGCACAUGCCCAAAUUGUGAAAGCAGCGUGCCCAAUGAACCUUCGCCCAAAGAAUUCGCCGAGAUGACAAACGACGGUAGAGUACGUUUAAUCAAAGCUCUUAAGGUCAGUUACUGGAAGCAGUUUGAACAUGGAAUGCUAUCCCGCGAAGCUGUACAGGCCUUGAUCAACCUAGCUGACACUGCCAUGGACGAGGAAGAGGGUUUCAUCGAGAUGAGUGACUUGCAACCCUACUGGAGAGUUCCACCUUAUCUACAAAAACUUAAAGAUAAAUUGGAACAGCUGAAGCAGACCAAACCGACAGAACGCAUACCGCCACCAAAUAACAAGAUUCUUUCCUUCAUGUACGAUGUGGCUGCACACGUUGUCUUUGAUGUGGUUAUUAACACCUUGAUCAUCAUCAACAUGGUACCUAUUGUCCUGGAGCUGGCAUCAGAUGACGAUGCUCCGUACAUGACGAUCUUGAACAACAUCAAUUACGUAUACUGUGCCAUUUAUGUCACUGAAGCAUUGUGGAAGGCUUUGGCAUUCCGGCGGUACUACUUUAAGGACAACUGGAACCUGCUCGACUUGUUUAUAGUUGCCUUGUCCAUUAUCGACAUCGUUUUAGACCAGGCGGCCGAUAACGCCACAGGGAGUUUUUCUCCAUCUAUUCUUAAGGUGGCCAAAGUCUUUAGAGUGCUUAGAAUGGGUCGUUUGCUGAGACUUUUCAAGACUCUUCUUCCAAAACUGAUAGACGUAGUGAACAACAUCAUCAACCGGCAGUUAAGCUUUGGCUAUGAUGUUGGCAAAGGUUAUAUCAUUGCUGAAGAAGAAAUCAUUAAGCUGAUUGAUCAUAUGGUGGUAGACAAAAGGAUCGCAAAGGAUUUAAAGCAAAGAUCUGAAAGAAACCGAUUGGAUGUUGUUAAAAGCCUGGGUAUGCUGCAACGUGAACACCCAGGCAUUGCAAUCUCCGUUAAAACCCGGCAGGCAAUUCGCACCAUUCUGAACAACGCUCGUGACGUCAUUCACGAACUCAAGGGUGGUGGAUUGUUAGAUGAAGCUGAGGCAGGAAAACUUGAAUCGAUUGUUGAAGUAAAAAUGAAGCGGCAGCUUAGUGCUCCAGCCUCCAUUCCGCCUCAAAAGCCCAUGGAGUUGCUCCGUAAUGUCGUGUGGUUAGAGGGAAUGCCACCAGAGGCGGUCGACCUCGUAACUUCUGCUGCUCGUAUCAAGAGGUUUGAUGCUGGGGAUACUAUAACAAGACAGGGUGAAGAAUUGACGGGAAUAUACUUGAUUGUUUCAGGAAUGGUUAAGAGUCUUCUGUUACGGCUACAGCUUUUUUUGUUGUUGUUGCAGAUGAUCGGUGUAUCAGUGGCAAAGAAAAGUUACAUGGACGGUGAGGAACCCGAAGUAGGAGAGAUGAUAGUCACUACUGAUUACAUUUCUGCCGGCAACCUGAUUGGUGAGAUGGGCCUUCUCACUUCGGCUAGAAGAAACUCCUCCUGCACCUGCGAGUCCGCAGUCCAGGCCUAUUAUAUCACAGCAGAAGAUAUGAACAAAGCCAUGAGACGCUACCCAGAUCUCGUAGACCGUCUAUGGAGAGUUUGUGGUGUCAGAAUUGCCGUGCCACUUCUCCUGGAUGUACCCAAUUACUACAACUGGACCAAGGACAAGAUCAGUAUCAUGUGCGAACGAUCGUUCAUUGCCACUCUUCCCAAGGGCCCCAAUGCUAUCUUCAAAGCUAAUGAACAAAUGAAAGAGAUUAUCCUUAUCCAAGGUAAGGUUACGGAUCUCGAAAGCAGAGAAAUCUACGAUGGACCGUGCGUACUGCCGAGGACUUACCGAGCAUUUAAAUUGCAUUACGAUGUUGACGAGCCCAAAAUUUUAGUGAUUGUUCGUUCGCAUGAAAGUGCGAUGCCUGAUGACCCAGAGGACAAUCCAUCAGCGUUGGACCUUGUAGGAAUUCAAUCAGGACCGUGGAGACGCGAUAGUCACUCUUCGUUCUCGACUCGAGCUAUGUCAUUCGAAAAGUUCGCGGGAGGUACAGAAGCAGUGUUCAGAGGCAAGCGAAGAGUCACUCUGGGUGGCCGAUCCAUUACGAGUACUGACGAAGGUUACCGAAGGCUUGAUCCCCUACCUGACAGAUUGCAAGGUAGAAAGAUAGUAGUAUCACCGAUUGCUGACGAUGAUAAAGGUAAGAGUGCUGACGAGAAUUUUUCAUUUUGGGUCUUCUUUUUCGUCAGGAAGUCGUGUAAUCUGUACUGUUAGUUUAUUGCAAGUUAUAUCCUCCAUUUGUUUGCUAGGUUUCUUUUAAAAGACACUUUCCAGUGUUCAGUUUAUUCAACAGGGGCCCGAUUCUCGAAAGCCCGGGAAACUUUUCGGGCCUGAAGAACCAUUCUUAGCUAAUCGGUAUUGAAGGGGCAGUCUCACCAAGAUUUAGUCCUACUUGAAAAUCCAAUUAAGGUGUUGGUAUUAAUUGGAAAUCCACUAGAAGUUGCCUAACCUUGCUAAAAUGCUCCGUUCUAGUCACGAAAGUUGUUUACAACUGUUGUGGCUACGGACGAGUAAGAAAGAAGUGGUCUAAAACUUAAAAACCUCGGCCCGACGUUUUCAAGUUUGACAAUGUUACUUGGUGGAAAAUCACUAAAAAUCAUUGAUCUAUUAGGGAUUGAAUUUAUGCCUUUUUUUGUCGUGUUAUUAUUCUGUUGAUCAGUGAGUGCACGUUUACAAUUCUAGGAUAGUUUGCACAAAACUUAGAAGACCUCUCGUGAUACUGCCCCCAGAGAGGUGCAUACGCCUGAAUCUUCUUGUACGGAAUGGAACCUCUGUUUAUGUCAGAAUAUGUCAAUAAAACAGCUCUGUAAUCAU